CCUUAGGGGACAUCCGAUAAAAUUGGAACGAUACAGAGAAGAUUAGCAUGGCCCCUGCGCAAGGAUGACACGCAUAAAUCGAGAAAUGGUCCAAAUUUUUUUUGCAAAAUUUUCCAGAUCGAUUUCUUCUUCCUCUGUUCUUCGGCGUUCAAUUUCUGGGGUUUUCUCUUCGUUUUCUGUAACUGAAACCUAAAAUUUGACCUAAAAAAAAUCUCAAAUAAUAUGAUUCAGUGGUUUUG